AUGGCACUCCGCAUCAGCACCCACAAUGGCCCAAGUGUAAAGUCCUUCCAGCAGAGAGGAAUCCCUCUUUUGCACUGCCUAAGGGGCCUCACUAGCGUGAACAAGCAAUUCGUAGGGAAGACACAUGUGAACCAUUUUAUGAGUCAAGAGAGGAGUGCCCUGUCAACUUCUUCAAACGUAAAACUAGAUGGACGCAAUUCUGAGGAUUACCAGAGUGAUGAAGAAAGCGACAAAUUAGAUUUGAAUGACAAUGAUGAGGACGAAUCUGAUGAAGGGGAAAACACCCAGGUGGAAAUGAGCGCUGCGGUUGCCAUAACCCAGGAGGAGAUCAUCACCGAAUGCGAAGUUGGCGGAAACGUAGGGUGUACCCACUCCGGUGAAAAUAUCCCCGCCCGUGAACAGAGAUAUGGAAGCGAAUCGGAUAAUAAAAGCGCCCACUUGAGGAAAAGGCACAAGUACGACCCUGACACAGUAGUGAUAUAUAACGACGUAAUCGAUUUGCCCCCGGAUAUAUGCACGCCACCCCUAAGCGAAGAAGAAAUAGAGCAAGUCAACUCGGGGGCUGGUGGCUCCCCCUUGGAGAAGUACUCAUGUGCCGUCGUUUAUACUAAGAAGACGCGCUCAUAG